CAAACGGCAUGAUGGGAUUGUGAAGGAGUUUGGGAGUUUGAAUGUUAUGGCUGACAUGUAGUUAGGUCUCCCUGAAUCUACAUUUUUGGUAAAUCGACUGCUUUAGUGUUUGCCCGUAAAAGCAGCAACCGUGCCCCGUCGCGCCCCCACCCCCAGCGGAGCGGUCAUGUGGCAGGAAGCUCGUAAACACGAGCGCAAGCUGCGCGGCAUGAUGGUGGACUACAAACGCCGCGGCGAGCGCCGGCGCGAGUACUACGAGAAGAUUAAAAAAGACCCGGCGCAGUUUCUGCAAGUCCACGGCCGGGCCUACAAGAUCCACUUGGACUCCGCCGUGGCUUUGGCUGCCGAAAGUCCUGUCAACAUGAUGCCUUGGCAAGGAGACACCAACAACAUGAUUGAUAGGUUCGACGUCAGGGCACAUCUGGACUACAUCCCUACCUAUACUCCUCCACUGCUGAGCACUGUCCCUGCAGAGCAGGAGUCAGAAGAGAGGAAAUGCAACUAUGAGCGCUACAGAGGACUUGUGCAGAAUGACUUUGCUAGCAUUUCGGAGGAGCAGUGCCUGUACCAGAUCUACGUAGACGAGCUGUACGGAGGCCUGCAGAGGUCAAACGAGGAAGAGAAAAAGAAACUCUCGGAGAAGAAGGCAACUAUUGGCUACACCUACGAGGACAGCACCGUGACAGAAGCAGGCAGGGUGUCUGACAAAGGGGAAGAUGAGGACUCCGAGAACAGCGAGUCGGAUGAGGAUGAGGGCAUCCCUGACAUCGAUGUGGAGGUGGAUGUAGAUGAGCUCAACCAAGAGCAGGUGCUGGAACUGAACAAGAUGGCCACGCCGUACGGAAUGACUGAGGGGGACUUCGUCAGGAUGCUGAGGAAAGACAAAGAGGAAGUGGAAGCCAUAAAACACGCCAAGGCGCUGGAGGCCGAGAAGGCCAUGUACUCGGGCCGACGUUCUCGCAGGCAACGGAGGGAAUUUAGGGAGAAGAGACUUAAGGGUAGACAAAUCAGCCCCCCCAGCUAUGCCAGGAGAGACAGCCCAACCUACGACCCCUACAAACGCCCGCAGUCAGAGUCCAGCUCGGAGUCCCGGUCCCGCUCACGCUCUCCGGGACACGACAAGAUCACCUUCAUCACCAGCUUUGGGGGUAGCGACGAGGAGGGGGCCGCCCCUGCCCCGCCACAGCCGGCCGCCCACACCAGCCACGCCCCCCCCAACUCUCAGCACCACCACCCCGCAGGUCAUAGCAGGGGCUCCCGCAGACGCCGGUCCUCUUCCAGCCCAUCUUCUUCCUCCUCCUCCUCGUCCUCCUCCUCCCGCUCUUCAUCCCGGCGCUCGUCGUCCCGCUCGUCCAGCCGGUCGCGCCGCGCCCAUCGUCGCGGCGGCCGGGACGCCAGAUACUCGCGUUCCCGCUCCCGAUCCCGUCGUUCCGACUCCUGGUCCCGGGGGCGGGGCGGCGGCGGGAUCCGGCGGCGGCAUGGCCGGUCCCGAUCGCGUUCCCGCUCACGCUCCACUGACAGAGGGCGGCGUCACGUGGCCCGGAGGCGCAGCAGGUCUCGCUCGGGCUCUCGGACCGGGGACCGUUUGCGUCGGCAGGGCCGCAGUGCCGGCUCUCGCCGCGGGGGCAGCAGCAGCGCCAGCCCCCCCCUGUCCCCCGCGCACAGCCGCUCCCCCUCCCCCGCCCUCCGGCACGCCGCUUCCGCCACAGUGGCUCUCUGUGACAAGCUAAGAAAGCCUGACAUUCCUGCCGGUAAAGAGACGGGAGCUGCCAAACCCAAGAUGACCCCCCAGGAGAAGCUGAAGCUCCGGAUGCAGAAGGCUUUGAACAAGCAAUCCAAGGCGGAUAAGAAGGCAGCCCAGGUGAAGAUCCAGCAGCAGGAACACAAGCGGCAGGAACGGGAGGGCGAGCUGAGAGCCAUGGCGCGCAAGAUCCGCAUGAAGGAACGUGAGCGGAGGGAGAAGGAGAGGGACGAAUGGGAGAGGCAGUAUGGAAGGCAGAGUCACUCCCCCUCCCCCACCUACAAGUAUGGCCGGGAACAUGGCUCAUCUAGAAGGUAUGUAAAGACUUCUCUCUCACACACACACACACGCAGACACCCAGGGGCCUCCGUGACACUCAGGGCCACUUCCACCCCGGCUGAGUCUCACGGUGUGUCGGAUAGAGUGCCAGGGAACAGGAACACAGCCCCCCGUGUGCUGGGGAGAGAGCUGUCGCAGCAAACCCGCCCCCAAAUUGUCACACCACAGGAUUCACAGCUGGUGGGAUUCAAAGUUGGUUUUUCUUUCUUUCCUUUUGUAAAUGACUUGCUGGUUCUGUGUAUAAGGAAGCUUCAGUUGGUAACAUGGGUAUUUCAUCCUGUAAUGAAAAUGAAAUGAAAAUGUUUUCAAUUAAGCCUAGUGUGAUAUCAUUAGCCAGCUCUGGAUAAUUCCAGGAGGGAAUGAAUGUUUAUAAGAAGACAAUUUGUACUUUGUAGGUUUCUGUGUGGGUAUUACAGUAUGAUGCCUUUCCCUUCAGGAAAUCUCGGUCACGCUCACGCAGUCCAUACUACAGAUACUAAGAGAUGAACCCCCACCCAGAAGAACACUUCCUCCACAUCUUCUCUUAGCCGGACCUCUUGGCUGCGGUCGUCACACCCCCCCAGCGGUUUUUUUUUUUUUGUCUUUUCUCCAAUGGAGGUCAUUUUCACAUAACCGACUACUGAGCAGAUUCUGAGAUGGAGACAGUGAUGGUGAGACAGUGAUGGUGAGACAGUGAUGGUGAGACAGUGAUGGUGAGACAGUGAUGGUGAGACAGUGAUGGUGAGACAGUGAUCCGACCACGUCUGCGAACCCCCGAGAGAAGUUUUAUACCAACAGAACGGCCAAGAAAACGAAGCGCGGUGAGCGAGUCUGUAACAGCAGUGUAUUUCUGCGAGCUAUAAAUAUGGAAACAAAAAAUUACAAUAGAUACAAUAAAUUAUGAUCUUUCUUUUGUUGAUCACGGCAUUAGGCUGGAGGAAAUAUAAUCAGAUAUUUUGAUUAUAUUCAAAUCCUGUGAGGUAUUACAAGGAAGUAAUCCCAGAUCACGUUCAAAAUUAUCCCGAGUACGAGAACUUGGUUGCAUUCAGGUGGCUGUCCCCUUCCAUCGGGGACCUGGUGACAGAUGCUGAACUGGCCAUCCCCACAUGAUGUACGCUUAGAAAUGAAACGAGGAUCUUGUGACGUAGCUUUGGUCUGUGCCUGACUGUGGAUGUCUAACGGCACUGGAGGACAAGCUGGGAUGGCGGGAAAGAUGGUCCUCCCAUGUAAAUAAAUUCCCUCAGAUUUCAGAUGAACUACCAUGAAUAUGAAAGGUGCUAAUUUGAUUUUAAGUAUCUUUCUUUCCAUACUCAAUCUCUCCCUGGCAAAUUAAACUGUAUAUACUGCCCUGUUAUUAGUGACUGUAAAGGCAAGUUAUUUUUUUGUGUUAUUGGUAAAUAACUCUGCUUACUGGGAUGUUCCAAAUAAAAGGCAUAUGAAUAAUA